UCUCGCUGACUCCUGCUCGGGCGCACUGUCUGCCUCGCACUCUCAUGAUUCAGCUCCCUCCCUCCAGUUUUUCCCUCCGCUGCCCCCUCGUCUAUCCCGGCUGGGCUCCCUCUCCUUCAAAAUCGCUCGAGCUCUCGGGCGCUUUCCCAUCUCCCGGCAGUGAGGGCCCUUCAAUCCUCUCCUCUAUUCACCCCCCGAAGCUUUCAGAGCUUUGCCACUUCUCUAAACUCUAAUCCCAACACACACGCGUGCACACGGACACGCACGUUUCCUGCCCCCGUGUGACACCCACCCUCUGUCGUGCGGCCGCGCCAGACCCCGCGCGGUGUUCCUCCUACCGCCACACACACAAACACACACACAAACGCACGCACGCGCGCGCGCAGGGCGGAGCGGAGGGCAGCUCGCCGGCAGUUUGCACUCGGAGGCAUCUUGCUCCAAUAUCGCAGCGCCGAUGGCAUCUCCCGGCUCCGGCUUUUGGUCCUUCGGAUCUGAAGAUGGCUCGGGGGAUCCCGAGAACCCCGGCACAGCCAGGGCCUGGUGUCAGGUGGCCCAGAAGUUCACCGGCGGCAUCGGAAACAAACUGUGCGCCCUGCUCUAUGGAGACGCCGAGAAGCCGGCGGAGAGCGGCGGGAGCCAGCCCCCGCGGGGCACCUCCCGCAAGGCCGCCUGCGCCUGCAACCAGAAGCCCUGCAGCUGCCCCAAAGCGGAGGUCAACUAUGCAUUUCUACACGCAACAGAUCUGCUACCAGCGUGUGAUGGAGAAAGGCCCACUUUGGCAUUUCUGCAAGAGGUUAUGGACAUUUUGCUUCAGUAUGUGGUGAAGAGUUUUGAUAGAUCAACCAAAGUGAUUGAUUUUCAUUACCCUAAUGAGCUUCUUCAAGAAUAUAAUUGGGAAUUGGCAGACCAACCACAAAAUUUGGAGGAAAUUUUGAUGCAUUGCCAAACAACUCUAAAAUAUGCAAUUAAAACAGGGCAUCCAAGGUAUUUCAAUCAACUUUCUACCGGACUGGAUAUGGUUGGAUUAGCAGCAGACUGGCUGACAUCAACAGCAAACACUAACAUGUUCACCUAUGAAAUUGCUCCAGUAUUCGUGCUCUUGGAAUAUGUCACGCUAAAGAAAAUGAGAGAAAUCAUUGGCUGGCCCGGGGGCUCUGGCGAUGGGAUAUUUUCUCCUGGUGGCGCUAUAUCCAACAUGUACGCCAUGCUGAUUGCGCGCUUUAAGAUGUUCCCGGAAGUCAAGGAGAAAGGGAUGGCUGCCGUCCCCAGACUCAUUGCCUUCACGUCUGAGCAUAGCCAUUUUUCUCUCAAGAAGGGAGCUGCAGCCUUGGGCAUUGGAACAGACAGUGUGAUUCUGAUUAAAUGUGAUGAAAGAGGGAAAAUGAUCCCGUCUGACCUUGAAAGAAGGAUCCUUGAAGCCAAACAAAAAGGGUUUGUCCCUUUCCUUGUGAGCGCCACAGCUGGGACCACUGUGUAUGGAGCAUUUGACCCCCUGUUAGCGGUUGCUGACAUCUGCAAAAAGUACAAGAUCUGGAUGCACGUGGAUGCAGCUUGGGGUGGGGGAUUACUGAUGUCUCGGAAACACAAGUGGAAACUGAGCGGCGUGGAGAGGGCCAACUCUGUGACCUGGAAUCCACAUAAGAUGAUGGGCGUUCCUUUGCAGUGCUCUGCUCUCCUGGUUAGAGAAGAGGGAUUGAUGCAGAGUUGCAACCAGAUGCAUGCCUCCUACCUCUUCCAACAAGAUAAACACUAUGACCUGUCCUACGACACUGGAGACAAGGCUUUACAGUGCGGACGCCACGUUGAUGUUUUUAAACUCUGGCUAAUGUGGAGGGCAAAGGGGACCACCGGGUUUGAAGCACAUAUUGAUAAGUGUUUGGAGCUGGCGGAGUAUUUAUACAAUAUCAUCAAAAACCGAGAAGGUUAUGAAAUGGUGUUUGAUGGAAAGCCUCAGCACACCAACGUCUGCUUCUGGUACGUGCCUCCGAGCUUGCGUGUUCUGGACAACAAUGAAGAGAGACUGAGCCGCCUGUCCAAGGUGGCUCCAGUGAUUAAAGCCAGGAUGAUGGAGUAUGGGACCACAAUGGUGAGCUACCAGCCCUUGGGCGACAAGGUCAACUUCUUCCGCAUGGUCAUCUCAAACCCCGCAGCAACUCACCAAGACAUUGACUUCCUGAUUGAAGAAAUAGAACGCCUUGGACAAGAUUUAUAAUAACCUAGCUCACUAAGCCGUUUGAAUUCUCUAGGUAGACAAUUAAGUUGUCACAAACCAUGUAAAUGUAUUUGUAGUUUGUUCCAAAGUAAAUCUAUUUCUAUAUCGUGGUGUCAAAGUAUAGUACAGUUUAAAAAUCAAAAACUAACAAACAUUAUUCCUUUUAAAAAUUGUUUCUUAAGUUUAGAACACCUCUGUAAUAAUUAGUGACAAAAGGCUGUGUUCUAAUCAAUGAGGAAAAGCUUACAAUUGUUAUAAAUACUUCCCUUACUUUUAAUAUAGUGUGCAAAUCAAACUUUAUUUUCAAGUCAGAGUAGUAGGGUUGAAUAGUGCCAAAUUGCCCCUGAAUCAUAAAAGGUUCUCUGGGGUACAGUGAAAAGGAUAAAGUGAAUAUAAAAUAUAUGUUGACAAUAAAAAAAAACUCUUGCCUUUUUCAUAGUAUUAGAAAAAAAAUUUCUAAUUUACCUAUAGUAACAUAUCAAGUGUAUUUAAAUACAUAUAAUUUUACAAAAGGAAAAUAUAUAUAUUAAAAAGAAAUCCUAUUUUGUAACAUAUAGAUUUUUAUUUUAUAUGGGUUAUACAAACUGCAGGGGCAGAUAUUAAAACUAAGCCAGAUUUUUUUUUCUCUUUCUUUGAACGGAGGCACAAUUAAACACUUAGCAAAGUUAUUUAGGAACAUAGACCCACAAAAUUCUUUAACAGUAUGACGCCUUCUUUCUGUUCGGGCUCUUACAAAACAAACACAAAAGAAUACUGAAGUUUCUUUAAAAAGUGAUUGUCAGCUCGACAGUAAGAUUCUGUUCCCUUUUCGGUUUUUCACUCAUUGGACCUUAGCAGACCCGCACUGUAGGUCUGACAACUGGGCUUCAUCUUAGACUAAUGAGGGUAAUCGUCUCUAUUCUUAUUUCCAUUCAACCUGUUCUAAACAGAAGGUGGAUGCUGGUUCUUGUGCUGUCUUCCCGGACGGCAUUCUCUUACGAAGUCAUUUGGAUUCCUUAGAGAAAAUAAAAUCUAAUCAGCCAGAGCAAAGAGGAAUGAGACACACUCCAGAUGUGGCGAGCCCAGAAAAUUACACUUGGCCUUCAGUGUCUCUGUGAGAAUAGUGAUGUCAUCCUGGAGGCCACAUGGCCUGUCCAGGGAGGAGUUAUUUCCCUCUCAGGUCAUUGCUUUAUUCCGAUUCCUUCCCAUUCCGACCCACAGAAGUCCUUCCUGCUGAGUUUCCCAUCUCUGGGAACCCCAAAUAAUUAAUUCCUACUUCAUGAGGGGUUAUGAGGAAAUGAGCUCCUCACCCAAGACUUUUUUUAAAUUUUAUAUAUUCAUGUAUUUAUUUGGCCGUGCCAGGUCUUAGUUGUGGCACGCAUGAUCUUUAGUUGUGGCAUGUGAACUCUUAGUUGUGGCAUGCGGGAUCUAGUUCCCUGACCAGGGAUCAAGCCCUCUGCCGUAGGAGCUUGGAGUUUUAGUCAUUGGACCACCAGGGAAGUCCCGUUACCCAGGAUUUUGAGACAGCAUUUAAGACCCUUCUUCUAUCUUCUGUGUCCCAUUAAGAUCAAAGUGACUGGAAUAUAGAGAGGACAUAUGCUCCAUAGAAUUCAAAAUAAUAUUCUAAAAGCAUCCUUCUGCCCCUGCAAACCUGAUGGAGAGACAGGAGCUAACAAGAGUUCUCAUAGGUAUUUAUGGGGUACAGACUGUAAGAUUCCAAGUGCUAGAGGAGGACUACAUGUCCUGCAUAUGUAUCCACAUAUAUGCAGACUGUGGAUGCACGUUUAGGAGCAUUUAUCCUUUCUGUAUGGACCUCUCAGAUCCGUGAUCAAAAAGACUGUAGGUAUAUGAGGGAGGGAAGAGGACCCCAUCCUUCAUCCUGUAGCAAAACCCUCUCACUUGACCAUAGGAUCCAACCACCUGCAAGCUUCAUGAGCUUGCCCCUACAUCUCUCCCCUAGGUCGGAUACAGAAACAUUGAUACUUGAGAUGCACUUGGCUUUGGUUCCUCUCAGUCUAAGAAGCAAAUGGAUUUCCUAUGCCUAUUAGACUUCCUAGGUGGCGCUAGUGGUAAAGAACCUGCCUGCCAAUGCGGGAGACAUGAGGGACAUAGGUUCGAUCCCUGAGUCAGGAAGAUCUCUUGGAGAAGGAAACGGCAACUCACUCUAGUAUUCUUGCCUGGAGAAUCCAGAGGAAGCUAACUGGCUACGGUCCAUAGGGUUGCACAGAGUUAGACAUGACUGAGGCAACUUAGCAUGUAUGUGUGUAUGACUAUUAGAAAAAAAAACCCUAUGCCCCACAAUUUUAUGAAGGAGUAAGCCUCCCCUUCUAGGCUCUGUCUAAUGGCCAAGCGUUCUAGAAUUUGGCUGUUGAGAAUAAGCACAUAGCUGCCCAGCUCUCAUGAACCUCAGGCCCAAAGGACUCAUCUCAGAGGCAAAGAUGCUAGUUAUCAAACCCACCAUCCUGCCUGGAGGAUGGAGCCCAAUGUCUUGAAUGUGGACAGAGCCCUCUCUAAUCCAAGAAGCUUCUACCUAAGGGGUCCAGACCCCCUAGCAGAAUCGACUGCUUUUUCACUUGAUGGUAUGACUGAACUUCAAAGGGAACAUUUGUGCCUGUGUUUGAAAUUUCAGAAAAGAGUUUUUAUCAAUAGAUCAUUUCCUUAAUGCCCUGUCCUUCCCAGGUUCUUUCCCAAGUUUGCUGGGAGCCUUGCUCCAUUCUAUAUAGUGAAAUGCUACCAACCAUAACCCAGAGAAGGAGGUAAAUAAAAGCCUGACAGAUUCCAGUAGUUUAAACAUUCUUUAAAGUAGGUUUGCAGUCUGCUCAAGUGGAAGGGAAGUAGGGAAGGAAGGAGAGAAGGAAGGAAGGAAGAUUGUUUUGAACUUUAGCGCAAAUUCCCAGUGCCAAGGCCUUUAUGUGGGACCAUUCUUUUACAUAGGGUUGCAAAGAGUCAGGCACAACUGAGUGAUUCUUUUACAAAUAUUAAAAAAGUUGGGUUUUAGCUUUAAUCUGAUUUGACAUGGCCAUUUUCAUUUAGACAGCAAUAUUGUGUUUCUUAUUUUUAAAUACUUGAAAAAAAAAAGUGUGGUAUGUCUUCGUCAGAGACACAUAAAUGGUAUUGACUUCCUGGACUGUGUCAAGGACAUGAGGAAAGGAAAGGAAGUUAAUCGUGUGUGUAACUGUGUUGCCUUUAAAUAUACUGCUAGUACUGUCUCGUCCCCUCAGGUUGGGGUUGUGCACUUUAGAUCUGAAUUUGCAGUGUUGCAAGUCAACAUGUGUCGCUGUAGAAGCUUGUCCAACCUGUUAUUGCCGUGUUUCUUCCUGUGUGGUGGCCGCACUGACAUUCUGGGAACCACACUUGCAUCCGCGCCAUGCUCUCUGCUACGAGCUGUGCCCUCCACCUCAGCCCUCACGGGGAAUGCUGUUGGCUCCGCUCGCUCCUGGAAGUCUCCUUUGAGAACUGUGUGAUUUCACACCAUGCAACUUCAGUGUCUCUGAGAACAGGAGACCAAUAAGGAGGGUCACCAGCAGCCAACCUCGCGGGUACUGUCCCUGCUAACAUCAUUCGGAGUAGACACCACUCCUCAGAACAUGGACCAAGAAAGCAUGGGUGUAAAUAUUGUGGCAGAACAGGGAACCCAGGAACCUAGCAGUGGGUAUCAUCUUGCACGCGCCCUCCUGUUUUCAAAUGCUAAGUGCAUAUGCUGUGUAUUGAUUAGUUACCUGUGCUGAAAUACUGUUCCCCAUUGGUGUUUCUGAAAGAUAUUGACACUUCCCCAGCAUCGCUCCAUUACUAAAGACAGAAAACAAUAAUAAAAAAAAAUAACUAUAAACACAUGACAACCUGAUCCUCUUACCAAAUAUGAACUUGUGUAUGAUCAAAGUAUUUUAUGUGUUGUCUCUCUAAAUCCAAAUAAAUGUGUACCU